UUUUUUCAGGCCACUGGUUCAGAAUCUCAGCCCAGUGCACCAUCUUCAUCAGGCGUUCGGGGUGCCGAGUUCACUGAUUUAGUGGCGAGGUUGGAUAGGAUCGAGGCUGACACUCAGGGUCUGUAUGCUGCUCAUGUCGAGCUGAAGAAGGCAUACGAGACCAGCCAUGUAGAGCUGAAGGGUGGUCAGAACGUAAUUAUGGAGCAGCUCAGAGACAUAUUGGCCAUGUUGAAUCGUCUGACAACGACAGCUUCAGCACCGGAGGCCCCAGCAGAUCCAUCUACCCCACCACCAGCUGCUUCACCCCCAGUAGAAGAGGAGGAGGUCUUCCCCGACGACUACGAUCCUUAUGAGGGAGCUCCAGCGACUCCGAUCGAGGCACAACCUGUUAUCCAUGUACAUGACAUCGAGUCGCAGGGUCAGAUUCUGUCGAUAGAGGCACAACCUGCAGUGGUUAAGAGUCAGAAGAGGAAGAGAAAGCCUCCUGUAUGGUUCGGUGACUAUACGGGGAUGAAGAGGAGACAUAGGCCAUCUUUGACUUUUGAUCCCCUGGAGCCACCGGAUGAGAAAUUGUUAACCACUUUCCGAAAGUGGUGUGUUGGACUCAUUCCGAACCACCAACUUCGGGAUUUGAGAAGUGGUGAUUACGGUCCAGGAUUCUUUUGGAUAAUGCUCACACCAAAGGAAUGGCUUACAGAUGACCAUAUAGAUGCAGCAAUGCAUAUGCUGAGGAGGCGACGCACCGACUAUCCACUGACAUUUCCUCAGAAGGGUGUCAUUCUCUCCACAUUCGUGACCAGCAUGAUCAGCAGUGCAUGGACGAGCCACAAGGGUUCGAGGAGAAACUUUGUGUGGGAGGAUUAUAUCCUGGACUACUGCAGAGGGGUUCAUAAGUCCCAAGUCUUUGAGAGAUGGAGGGGUAACGAGUUUAUUUACUUCGUUCUGAACCUUCCCGAGGCAAGGCACUGGGUCACACUUGAAGUCGACAUAGAGCUGUGGAAAAUUAAUGUCUACGACUGUGAUUCCAGCGUCUGUCAUUGGACCGCCAUGGAACCCAUCCUGAAGACUUGGGGAGAACUGCUGCCCUCGCUAAUCCUUGCAACCGGGGAAUUUCCACAUAACAACCAGAUUAUGGCGUUAACUAACAGGGACAUCACGUUGCUUCCAAAAAUGCACUCGACUCGAGCCACUCACGACUUAGUUCCGAAGUCAACAACCAGUGGUGAUUGUGGCGUCUAUUGCAUUGAGUAUGUGGAGCAUCUCAUGAUGCAGCGUGGAUUGACCGAUGUGACGCCAGACCGGAUAGCUAUGUUUCGUCAACGGUGGUGUGUUGAUUUAUUUUACCAAAAUGUCGGCUGAUUAUAUGUGUAAUUAUUGGGACAUUGUAUAUUUUUUGUAAUUAACAUUACAGUUAUGUAUAUAUAGACUUUCUCUUCGUUCAAAUUUUGAUAAUU